AUGAUGAGUUUUCUUCUCUCCUGGGUGCCAGGUAAGAGCAUUUAUUCUCUUCCCUCCAGCUCUACUAGCUGACAAAUCAACUAAAAUACAUGAUGGAAUGUAGGAUGGAUGUUGGAAUGAAGGACAGUAAUUUCUCCAGUUCACUGGCUUUCGAAAUGAUGGUAGACAGCAAAGCAAGAGGAAAGGAAGGAUACUGUGGGACUCUGCCUAGAACACAGACUUUUGAAUCUUACCAUACUGAGACAUUCAUCUUCUCAUUUUGUUCCUAUUCCAGAAGCCACCCAGAAACAGAUUUGUGGUUACUAUGAUGUGGCCAAGUACCUCAACAUCUCUUCUAAUAAGGAUCUCUUCUCAUACACCAUCCCCAAGAGAAAUUGGGAAGAAUCCUUAGAAGUUGAUCUAGACUUCACCUUGGUGUCCAUCCUUUCAGUGGUAAGAGAGAAUAAUCAUUACACGUCUGGUCUCCAGUGAUAAGACUAAGCAAAAAUAUUGAGGAGGGGGGAAAGAAAGGAAAGGGAAGUUGGAGCAGGGGAAUAAUUGUUGGGGUAGAAUAACAAAACACUCAUGUGCUAGUUUAGUAGCUGCAAUUCCAGCAGGGCCACCAGCAGAUCAGCCAGCAGGGGAGCAGGAAUUUUAAAAGAGGGUCAUCCAUCUCCCUCCCACCCUCCGGUAGUGCUACUAUCUGUCUUAAUUUUCUAGGGCGGGAAGAAGAGAAUACAUUAAUCUUUACCCUUUUGCUUAUUUGCAGCAAGAAAAAUUGCAGGUGGUCACAUUCUAUUUCUGGCUUCAUGUGGUAAGGUCCUCUUUCUUCUCUGCAAGUAACAAACAGAUUCAUCUUCCCAUGAGAACCCAGCAAACAACAACAAACUAAUAUAAUUUUUCCUUCCACUAGAGCUGGAAAAAUGAUUUCAUCUCAUGGGAUCCCUUGGACUUCUGUAACAUUACAAGGAUCACUCUUCCUGUGAAACUAUUUUGGACCCCAGACAUUUACAUAGAUGAACGGUAAUGCUGCUUUUAAUCAAUGUGGAAUGUGUUUUCAAACUGCAUUUUGAGGGCAAAUUUGCAGCGUAGCCCUGAAACCACAUUACAAUUUCCAUGCCCAGGCAUCGAGAAGGCUGCCUGCCAUGAUAGCUAGAUGUUUAGCAGCACUGGGAUAGAGGAUGAGCACAAAUGCGGGCAGCAUUGCCAGGACUAAGCCAAGAGUUUUGAAUUUUGCAUUGUGUGGCUGAGUUUAGGUUACCUUGGGUUUCCCUGGCACAGAGCUAAAUGAAAUAUAAUCUUCCCCAACCACCCAUCUAUCAUGCAAAAUAGCCACCAUCCUAUAAAUGCUGUGGUAGAUUGCUUGAAAUACUUGGUUUUACUGGCUUAAAUUCUUAAAUGGUGGUAUUAUUAUUAUUAUUAUUAUUAUUAUUUAGUACUUGGGUUAUUAAAUAACAUACCGCAAGUUCAUUUUUCUCAGUUGUUUGAAAUUGAAUCUAAGCACCAGGAUUUAAAGGUUUUAUUUUUGUUCUGCCUUUCUUCCCCCACCUCUAGCUAAGGAUGAUAUAAUUUAGAUGUCUGUGAAAAGAACCAUAGAUGGUUUCUGAGUGAGGGGGUUGCUAAGGGGGACACAGUGAGUGGAGCUUGGGUUCUGCAAGCCAACAGCAUUUUGGAAGUGCUGACUACCUCUCUCUCGAGACCUGAUGUGGGAGCAGAUAAACAGAUAUUACAAAAUGCCACAAGCCUCCUUCUGGGGGAAAAUAAAACAGGUAGGGGCCACACACUUGGAACAUUUCACCACUGAGAGAAGUGAUGUGAUCUAACAUUAUCAUUACUAUUCCGAUCCCCAGACAUUUUUGUGACAGCUGCUGAAUAUUGCAAAAUAUUGGAAAUAUUUUGGUUGGAAAAUUAAAAAAUUACAGAAUCCACCUGGGCUUUCCUAUAAGGUGACAUUGUUUAUAUGUGAACGUAUUAAUGUCUUAUUUGUAUAUUAUAAAUGUUUUCAUAACCCCCUUUGGUUAUAUUUUAUACUCUAUUAUUAUAUAAUACAUGCAGUCAAUCUCUGUAUGUUUGUUUGGUUGUUGUAUUGACAAAGAGGGUUUCAAUGUAGGAGCCAAACCUAUAAAUUGUCUCCUCCUCCUCCUCCUCCUCCUCCUCCUCCUGCAUCUCACAUCCAUCCUUUGAAGUACUCUUCAGGUUGUCCCCAGCACUCUCUUUUGUUUGCUUGCUGCAUCCAUGCAAACCCUGCUGUUAGUUUCAGAUCAUCCACCCAUUGCAUAGGUGGCUUUCCCCUUGGUCUUUUAAAAUGGUAGGGUCUCCACACUACUACUCUCUUGCCACAUGCCCUGCUUAAGUCCAUUUUUACUAAUGCAGGUUGUCUAAUAUGUACAAAAUGUUAAGCUUUCUUUACGAUAACCGUAUCUUUAGGGCCGAUGAAGACAAGUUCACACUCAGCCCUAUGGCAUAUGUCACAUCCGAUGGCUACAUUCAUUUGCUUCAAACCUACCGACUCACUUCAUCCUGCGGUCUGGAUGUCCAUGCAUUUCCUUUUGAUAAACAAAAAUGCAACUUAACCAUGACCACAAUAUGUUCAGGUAACACAGCCAAGCACAGCUGUAUUUCUUUGAACUGUCAUGAUUGUUUGAUUCUAUCUCUCCAUCCAUGUACUUUUGAAUGCACACUCCCAAUUGGUACCCCAUAUGCUCACUCUUCAACCUUCACAAUUCACCCCUUUCCUACCUAGGUCUUGCUUGCCAAGCCUGCCAGACCUACCACCCCUUGUUAAACCUUUACACUACUCCCGAAUCAGCUUCCCAACACCCAACUCCUCUUAACUCCCCAACCCCCACGUCUCUUACAGCUUCCUAAAUCUCCCAAUUCUCCCACAGCUCACCCCACCCUUCCCUUUAUACUUUUACAAAUCUCUCCCUUUGCAACUCAUCAACUUCACCACCACCACAAAGGUCAAAAAGACUUUCCUCUUCACCCCAACAGCAGUGGUGACAACAACAGGGUUAGCAUAGCUGUCGUUGUGUGAAGGAGAAACCCCUGCAUUUCAAAAUGCAGGCAUUUUUCUCUCCUUCUCUGAGCAGCAAUCAUAGCAUAAACUUUGGGGUGGGAUAGAUGUUGGAGAGACCUUUGCCCCUUUGCCCUCCCCACCAUCAAUGGCAGUGGAAUCAGAGGUGGAAUGUGGGGUAGAACUGUCCUUCCUGCUCCUUCGUGGCCUGAUCACUCUACCCAUGUCUUUGCAUUGCUCUCUCACUCUGCCUACCUGGUAUAUCCAACCUGCAGUUUGCAUGGCUGCCUAUUGGUGGCCAUGAAAACUGCUGCAUGAUGACAGCCUUACAAUUUUAUUAUAUAGAAAGAUAAGAUUAGGUUGCAUCCAACUAAGACCUACUCAGAGUAGACCCAUUUAAAUAAUGGACCUGAGUUAGCCAUGCCCAUUAAUUUCAAUGGGUCUAUACGGAGUAGGACUAGCACUGGGCACAAGGCAUUAUUAUUUACUUACUAUAUCUCUUAUCUGCCCUUCACCAGGAGGUUAACACUGUACACGCAACUUGUGCCUUUCCAAAUGUGCCUUAUGUUCCCUGUUUUCCACAUCUUUCUUCACUCUCUCCCUAUUAUCACUCUUUAUUGUAUGUUUGCUCCCCAUGCCAAUGCUCCCAGGUCAAAGUCUUCUCUCAGUUUUGAGAGUUGCUCCCAUGGGAGGCUGACCAUGUGUUUGCUAUUAGUAUAUCACUACCAAUUUGGGUGUGAUGCCACAUUGGGGCUUAAUUCGCACACUGAGCAAGCUGUGGGACAAGAUGGAACAGUUAUGGCACAACCUCAAAAGGAAGGCCUAAGAGGGCUGACAGACUUCACUACUGAAGUAUAUACACAGUCUGUACUCCUAACGGGAUUACUGAGGAUGUGAUUGUGAUUUUCUAUACUGCCCUAAACUAACAAUCUUCGUUUGUCUUCUGCUGAAUCUAGAUAAGGAAAUACUAUUGAAGAGCUCUAAAUCUUCCAUGAAAGCAAACCAAGAUAGUCACAAAAGUUUCUUGAGCAGUGGAGAAUGGAAGUUUGAGGAACUGAGGAUCAUAGAGCACACCUUGGGAUAUGAUAUAAGCAACUUUAGUAUUGUCACUUAUGAGGUAUUUGUUUUCUAAUACAUUUAGAAAACAUGGGAACACUGAAAGAUAUCCCUAUAUAUCUAGUGUUCGGUUUUAUGCUUAAGACAGAGUUUGUGUUCGUUUUUAUGCUUAAGCAAAAUUUCAGGAAUUCUGCUUAAAUUUUUAGGGUAGUAAAUUUACCUAGAUGAAGGUCUACCAGGCUUGUAUGUUGAGCACACUGCUUUAUGGGCAGCUUACAGGCAUCAGGCGUGUUGCCUCAAUGUCUUCCACAUGCACUGCGCCAGGCAGAUUUGAGCCACACAUGGCAGGACAGAGUCUCAAGCAAAGAUGUGCUCUUGCAAGCCCACAUUCCUACACUCCUGUCUCAGUCACAUCUAUGUGGGCAGCUUGGUCAUGUCCACAGAAUGGAAUAUGGCAGGACCCCCAAGGAUGUGCUUUAUGGGGAGCUGGCUUCAGGCACCAAGCCCAUUGGCCGACCAACUCUGUGUUACAAAGAUGAAGGCUGGCAACAUCAACCCCAUCGUGUGGGAAUCCCAUGCAGACAACUGCAGAGCCUGGAGACAAGCAGUCAGGUCAUGUAUCCACAGCAGUGACCAGAGAAGGAAUGACUGCUGGGAGGAAUGCAGAGAGAGGAAACGCCAUGGUGCAACUGCUGCAGCACAGCUGGAUGCCUUCAUCUGCCCCAGCUGCAAGCAAACAUGUCUCUCCCAUAUUGAUCUCUACAGCCUCGACAGCAGGCAAUGUGCCUCUCCAAAGGUUUAACUUCACUCCCCAAAGGCACAUCCUUUACAAACCAACCAUUAUUAGCUCAUUUUCAAAAAAAUAAAUCAAUUGUCCUUUGCAAUAUGUUGAUGAUGGACACUUUGAUUUUAAGUAAUCGUUCAAGCUGCAGCAAUACAAACAGAAUAGCAUCCUGAGGUUGCAAUCCUAUGCACACUUAUCUAGUAAGAUCAUUGAAGAAGUAAGCAUGCAUUGGGUUAGUAGAUGUGUUGCGGAAGCAAGCACAACCUGGGUUCUUCCAGAUGACCUGUUUAUUUAGUUUGUUUGUGGGCAGGUUAGAUGUUGUCGUGUCAAAUACAGUGUUAUCCCACACUUUCCAUGAAACAUUUUAGGAAGAGAGAAAAUAAUGGUCUCACCCACUCCCCCCCCCCCUAUUUUUUUCAUUGAUUUUCACAUUUAUCACAAAGAAAAAGAAAUACAUUACAAAACACAAAACAAAGAAAAAAGAAAAAAGGCACAAAAAAGAAUUAUCACUUCAUAUCCCUAAUUUCAUUACAUUGAUAACUGACUUCCUCAAAUCCCCUCUAACUGAAUUUCAUUAUAUCACCUGUUUAACAGUUCUCCAAAUGGUCUCACCCACUCUUAGGCUGCUAAGAAUAAGGACCAUGGGCAAAUUGAUGCUACUAGUGAGACUGAAAGGAUAGUACCAUUCUUUGCUGUAAUCUUCAUUCUUGUUUUGUCCUUUUUUGGGACAGGUUUCUAUGAAGAGGCAAUCCAUUUUGUAUGUGUUGGUUCUGAUCCUGCCAACUUUUACUCUGUUCUUGCUGGAUAUGGCUAUUUCUUAUGCGUUUGCUUGCCCUGGAGAAAAGAUUGCUUUCAAAGUGACACUGAUCCUGCAAGUCUCACUCUUGUCAUUGAUUCUGAAUGAUAUGCUACCGUCAGCAUCCGAUGAUCCACCAGUCAUAGGUAACCACCUUUUACUGCACAGAUUAUUCAGCCCUGGCAGCCUUUGAACAGUUUUGGGGGGCUGUUAAAUAGUUUUGGUUGCUUUCAUUGGACCUACUCACAUUGUGGUCCAGCAAGCAGGUCCCUGAGUCAGUAACUGAUUUUUAGCUGGAGAUAUUAUUUUGUAAAUCGUAAUUACCUGGCAUUGUACAGAACUAGAAUAAAGAUACUCCUUAUCAUUUGUUUAGUACAUAUUAAAGCACUUCAAUGACAUGAACUUGUGGAUCUUACAACAGCUCUGCAAGGUUAUCUUGGUGUUAUUAUCCAUAUAUCUCAGAUGUGGGGAAAGAAUGAGAGAGUUUAGCGGGCCACCCUGAGAGAUUUGUCCUAGGGAAGACAUCCUAUUUUGCAGCUGCUAUGCUGCAGUAGCUUUUAGUCCAACACUGGCAGUACCCAUUGACCCCCGCAUGGGAUAGGGAAAGAAGGGUCUCUUUAAUGCCUUUCUACCAUUUGAGAACAGCAGCAAAGGCCUGCAGUGUGUUAUGCAUCUCUGACAAAGGUUUGCACAGCACAAUCUUCUAGUGAACAACAGCAUGAGUCUAACCAUGCCCAUCCAUGAGUAAGUCCUGUUGAAAUCAAUGUGACUUACUCCAAGGAGUUAGGAGUGCACCCCAGUUGAGUUAAAUCCUCAAUGUUCUAUGGAUUGGAAGUUGGCACUCCUUCAAGGAAUAGGUGGGACAAAGGAACAGAUGGCCAAAGCCACUUUAAUAGCUGCCACAGCACCAGGAUUUAUAGAACCCAGGGUCCACAGAACCAGAGAUGGGACAGGUGUCUCCACUUAGGCCUGAGGAACCCCAGUACAUGGCCAGUCCAACAGCAUAGGAAUCACACCAAGUGGGAGGCCAUGGGACCCAAGAGGAAUGUCCAUUUUCGGGCCAGAAGGUGGCCCUUUAAGGGAGUCUGGAUUUCCAAAAGGCAGUUGUUCAUAUAAGUGUUGUGGACUGAUGGUAGAGGCCUCAGUCCAGUUCCAACUCCAGUUUGAGCAACUUGUCCCCUAGGAACUCUCCGUGGUGCUUCAACAACUAACCAGUCUUGUCCUAUGGGUUCCUCUGCAGGAGAAGGACAGGAAGACAAAAGUAGUCUUUUUAAUGAUGAAUCUAUUUGAUUGGCCAUGGAAAUCCCUAUUUCUCUCUAUUUCACUAUUAUGAAUUUCAGAGAGAAGGAUUCCAUGCUAGCCAAAGAGGGCAAGAUGACUCGGUUUUGUGUUUCAAUGCUUUGGUGUAUUUUUGGAUUUAUCCUUAUUUUAUACCUUCUAUAAUCUACAAAGUGUGUGAGUUUUGGGGCAUUUAAUUCUCAUAAAGGAGAACUAGAGCUUCUACAAGUUUCUGCAAGCAAUCUGGCCCAUUUGCCACUGUUACACUGGUGAUCAGAUGCCCACAAAAUCUGGUGGGGAGAAGAACCAUCACCCAUUGUCACUAUCCCAGGCUCCAUCUACAAACGCCGACACCACCAUCACUACACUUCCCCCACAUUCCUUUGGAGUUAGACUUAAUUCCCACUCAACUUAUCUCAAGCUCCCCCAAAACGACCGUCAUCUUUACCAUACAUACAUCCCAUCACAGACAAAACAUCUACAGAUAUAGGAGCACCAAACCAGCAACCCACAUGUUACUUGUGUGGUCCCUACAGCAUAUCUUCUCAGUGCCACAACACUCCCCAUUUCUUUUCUGCCUCCUGCCAGGCCCCUCCCACUCUAGCGUAAAAGAACAGUCGCCUGAAGGGCCAAAUAUUUACCAUCCAUUUCUUCUCCAACACAGCCAUGUUUUUCACCGGGAUAUUUGUAUUUAUGGUCUUUGGUAUCCUGGAGAAUGCUUUCGUACUCUAUCUUAAACAGAAGAAACCAGAGUCCCCACCCUUCAUGAGGAAUAAAUUUAUGAAUAUAAUUCUGAGAAAGAAGAAAAAGCAAUCUGAGAAGCCUGUGGCUGAUUUAGGUAAGCACUUUCCAAAAUGUUUUUUUAUUUUUCUUACAUAAUGGAGAAAAAGAUCAAUAAAGAGGGAGAAGGGGGCGAAUGUCAAGCACCAUAAUCCAGUGCUUUAAAAAAAACCCCAAAUCCUUUUCACAGUUCAUUUUUAGGAGUACGUGAAGGAUUGGCUAUUUAUUUAGUUUUUUAUUUAGCUAAUUUAUGGGUCACUCCAUGGCAUAAAGUCAUGGAGACAAUGUCCAGUCCCUCCUGAAUGUACAGCUGGAACAAGGCUGAGUUUGUUUCUGUGUAAUGUAAGAAAUGGACUUGAGGCAUCAGGCUGUCCCCAUUACUCCUCUGAUGAAAGAGGUAAGAACAUUGUCCAGGAUCCAUUGUCCAGGAAUUGAGAUAGUAGAAACCCACUGGACGACCUUCAGGAUUUCUUAGGUUGCUUCGACAGGUGAACCAAAUGCCAGAAUUUAGAAUCAAAACAGCCAGUAGUUUUUUAACUCUCCAUUUUUAAUUCUCAAACAAUGUCUGUUCCUACAUAGGAUUUUCUUAACAUGUUAACAUAUACAGUCUUCAUUUUCUUCCAUGCAGGAGACGGGCUGCCCAAAGGGAGCCAGCAGGCAAGCAGAUCAUCCUUGUCAGAAAAGUGCCGUGAAGAAGAGAGUUUGGUGUUUCUGAAACAUAUUAAUGCAGAAUUGCAACAGAUCAGGAAACAUCUCUCCCUAGAAGAAUGCCAGGAUGACUCUGAAUCAGUCGUGUGGGAUAAUAUGAUCCUCCUUGUGGAGAAAGGGCUUUAUUUUACCCGCCUGAUUUUCUCACUCAUCUUUUUAACUUUUGUUGCCGUACAGUGGACAUGCUAAAUUAUAUAUUAUUGGUAUUUGUGGUAGACCAAGGAGUGCAUAACCAAUGCCCGUUGUACAAGUAUGCUAACUUACCAAUCUGUUAUUUGUAUAAAGUCAGUAAAUGAGACCUGAUGAAAUGCCUCAGCCAAGUGGUGUUUGCUGUUGGAAGUUGGCUUACUAAAGUCAAAGCCUUUCAUGCUUGGAAAUAUGUAAAAACACUGCAAAAUUUAUGACUCAAUCAAGCCUCGCAAAACCAAUUAUUCAGAAGUGCUGGUUUUUCAAGGCUUCAUUGAGUGGCAAGUUUUCUGGCCUGGCGUCAGUAUGUGGCAUCCUCAAGCAGUUGCCAGGUCUCUGCUGACACCACAUUCAUGCACUCCUUUCAAAAACGUGUUUGGGUCCAGGAGUUGCCAUUUAAAUUUCCCACAAUUCCCCAGAGCAAUGCCUCGUUGGAGGCAUUGUGGGAAUUUUACACGGUAACUUCUGGAGACUGCUAUCCAGGUACAUCAGAGAAAAGCCAUUGGCGUAAGAUGGGGGCCCAUGAGUAGACAUUUUGCCAAGAGCUCCUUCAAAGCUGGAGCCACCUCUGCACAUUUUGUCUUGUUUCAACGUACUUCCCAGAAUAAUCAAUACCUAAGGUUCAAAAACAGGAGUGCUUUGAUGAAGAGUUACCUAGCCGAAGAGGAAGAUGAAGUAGAGGUGGUUCUGGCAAAAAAAAGAAAAAAGGUGGUCAUUUUAAUAUGAUGUGGGUGGUGUAAGUAUGGAAACUGAGUUCAUCUAAGUUGUGUAUCUAUUAUCCCUGACAUUGCUUGUCUUUUAAAUGCUUAAUAAACACCCACACUUAGCAUGUCUAGUUCCCCACCCCAUUUUUCCAACUGCACAAUCUUUUCCAAAUCUUGUGUCCAGCUGCACAUACAAAAAAGAAUCCCUGCCUUAAAUUGAGGAUGAUUUGAUAUGUAAUAGUGAUAGCUUGUGGUAAGCUGAAAGUUCUCAAAGUUCAUGAAAAUGAACAGCACAAAUAAGCAUGCAACCGAUUAACCCCACCAUGCAUGACAAGCUGCUGUGCUUCGAAUAUCAUAUGCCACACUGCUUGUGAGAUAAUUCUGAGCUACCUGUGCACUAGUGAUGACUUGCUGGUCAUGUAAUAAGCUGCAUAUAAUCUCGCCUUCCCAAAUAACACACUUCAUACUUUUAUUUUUCAGUAUGGUAGUUUCCCCUGCUAACUGUAGUUUAGGGUGUCGGAAAUUGUAGGUCUGUGAGUUCAAGAUUCUUUGGGGGGAAGCCAAAGAUACUAUUUAUAAAUAAAAGUUGCAAUAUUUCUUCUUCUUUUUUUCAAAUCUUUAAACUAAUUUUCCAAAAAGAAUUUUAAAACAGACAAACAAACAAACAAACAUGCAUCCUAUUUGUAAUUAAACCAAACUUGGUAACAUUGUUAAGUGACUUCCUCAAAUCCCCCUGGUUGAAUUUAAUUAUAUAUCAUUUUAACAGUUUUCCAAAAUCUAUCUUCUCAAAGAAAAAUUAUCUUGAUCACUUAACAGCUUUCAUUCCUUCUAUUCUGGCUUUGAACAUCUUAAUUCCUAUCCUUACAUAUUUAAAUCCUAGGCCAAUCUCGUAUUUGCAAGCUUUUCCAAUUAGGUUAUCUUAACAUAUUUAGCUAAAUAGUCUUUAAAUUUUAUCCAUUCUUCCUGGUACUCCUCCUCCUUCUGGUCACGGACUCUUCCAGUCAGGUCGGCCAGCUCCAAAAAGUCCAUCAUCUUCAUCUGCCAAUCUUCCACCGUUGGUACUUCUUGUGUUUUCCAUUUCUUUGCUAACAAAAUUAUAGCUGCAGUUGUGGCAUACAAAAAUAAUUUAACAUCUUUCUUCGGCAAUUCCAAACCUGUUAUUCCAAGAAGAAAGGCCUCUGGUUUCUUAAUUAAUGUAUAUUUCGACAUUUUUUUCAAUUUGUUAUGAAUCUUCUCCCAGAAGUCUUUCACCUUGGGGCAGGUCCACCACAUAUGAUAAAAAGUACCCUCUUUUUCUUUACAUUUAAAAGUUGCAAUAUUUCAACACCUUUGAAAAUUCAAAUAAAAUAACUAGGGGAGCUAAGUUUGAAGAAGGGGUGGGGAAUUUUUAUGCUAUCACAAGGGGAAGAUGGGUUUUUUUUAAAAGGAUGAGAAGCAUGGCCUUAAGUCAAGGAUGGAGAACUGGUGGUCCUACAGAUGCUGCUGGACUUCAGUUCCCAUGAGCCCCAGCCAGCAUGGCCAAAGCUUAGGGACAAUGGGAGUUGCAGUUCGGCAACAUCUGGAGGUUAUGAACUGUAGUUAUGUCCAAGAACCAUGGCUCUGUCACAGAAUUUUGGCAGCGUCUAUACCAAACCACAAUUCCCAGGAUCCUUUGAAGACACCAAUGGGUUUAAACACCAUAGAUAUAUGUGAGUAGGGUUGAUAUGCCUUCAGGCUCUACUGUGUAUUUUACUAAGUGAAGUGUGUUGUGUUUUCAAAGAGGCAGGAGUGUAGUGCCUGAUAUCUAAUUACAAUAUUUGUCUUAACAACAUUUGCAAAGAGUGCAUUAAAAGAACAACUCAUAAUUGUCUGGAAAGAAACAUCUGGACCUCAACGAGGAGUAAGUAAUGCACACUAAUGGGAAGCCAGAUCCUUAAUUAAACACAAAUCUAGAGGAAGCGAAAGCAAAUGUUUUAGUUGAGUGAUCCCAACAGGGAGAAAUAUACAGAUGCUAAUGCAGAGCCAAUAAAGUUACGAGAAAAUAUUAUUACGAGCAAAUGCAUGGAAAUGAGAUUCAAAACCAGAGAUGUGAAGUGCAUUACCCCACAGCCAGGAGAGAUCUCAAUUUCACACAGAAAUGUGGCUCUUCCUCACCGCUGCAAAUUUAGCAGCCUAGCAGAUUAUUGCUUCUUCUCUUAAAAACACUUGGUUCUACUCUCAGAGAAGAAUGUGGAGAGCUGUUAUGAUUAGUUUUCUACUCUCUUGGGUGCCAGGUAAAACCAUUUCUUCUCCUCUCUCUAGCUUUAAUAGCUGACAAAUCAGCUAAGAGACUUUAUGGAAGGUAGGAUGGAUGCUAGAAUGAAAGGCAGCAGUUUCUCGAGUUCACUGGCUUUCGAAAUAAUGGUAUACAGCAAAGGAAGAGGAGAGAAAGGAUACUCUCUGACUCUGCCUAGAUGCACCUCUUUGCUGCGGCUUUUGACACUUGUGAUGUAUCUUUUCAGCAUCCACCUUUUCGUAUUCUUAAGUUUCUUUAAACUGCUUUUAAUGUUGUGUUUUCAUAUACUGUUGUGUUUUAAUUGUAACUGGAAGGGAGAAUAACAUUAUAAAAGAAUAAAGGGGAAUUGAAAUGUGUGAGGAAAAGGCUGAGCCAGUGAAGGCUGGAAUGUGAAGGUUGUGUUUGCAGGAGAACCAUGCGAGAAGGAUGGAUCAACACAUGUGCAGGAGCUAUUGCUGUAACUGUUGAGGAAAAAGGAGGGAGGGUUAAACCAGUAUAAGCUAGUAGAAAGACGUAUUGCCAUACAGGGACAUAACAGCCCCUUUGCUUCCCUGUGCUUGUAAUUGUAUAAAUGUGUAUACUUCUUUCAUAUUUGGUGUGCAAUCCAUAACUACUUGCUGUUUGAGGCUGUGUGAAACCAGCCUUGCAAUAUCUAAAUAAAUGUCCUAUUUGACUAACAAUUGGUGUCCGGAUUCUGUUGGCCAUCCAGGCUGAACCCACAGGGUAUUGGGUACUGAACUCCAAUAUUUCCCCAGCAUAACCAAACCUGGAACAUUAGGUUGAAGAGCAGGUAAUAAAUUGUAAAGAAGAACAAGAACAAGAACAGAACAAGGACUUUUGAAUCUUACCAUACUGACACAUUCAUCUUCUCAUUUUGUCCCUACUCCAGAAGCCACCCAGAAACAGAAUUGUAGGUACCACGAUGUGGCUGAGUACCUGAACAUCUCUUCUAAGAAGGAUCUCUUCUUAUACACCAUACCUCUGAAUGAUUGGGAAAAGCCUAUAGAAGUUCAACUAGACUUCACCCUGGUGUCCAUCCUUUCAGUGGUAAGAGAGAAUAAUCAUUGCAUGGCUGGUCUCCAGUGACGGGGCUAAGCACAAAUACUGGGGAGGGGGCAAAGAAAGGGAAGGGAUGUUGGAUGUGGGGUGCUGCCUUACAAUUGCAAACUGCUGGGGGAAAUUGCAAAACAGUCGCUUACUGGAUUCAUAGCUUCAAUUCUAGCUGUGUGUGACAGGCAGGGCCACCAGCCAGUUGGGGACGGGUGGAUUUUUAAAGAGGGACAUCCAUCUCCCACCCACCCACCUUCCAGUUGUAUCACCAAUAUAUCUGUCUCUGUGUUAAUUCUCUAGGACAGGAGGAAGAUAAUGUGUUAAUCUUUUCCGUUUUUGUUCCUUGCAGCAAGAAAAAUUGCAGGUGGUCACAUUCUAUUUCUGGAUGUAUGUGGUGAGGCCCUCUUUCUUUUCUGUAAAUAGCAAACAGAUCUAUCCUCACAUGAUUUUAUUUUAUUGUAAGUAAUAUAUUUUUUCUUUCCUCUAGUUCUGGGACAAUGAAUUUGUCUCAUGGAAUCCCUUGGAUUUCUGUAACAUUACGAAUAUCACUUUGCCUGUGAACCUUUUCUGGACCCCAGACCUCUAUAUAGAUGAACGGUAAUGCUGCUUUUAUCCUAUGGUGAAUGUGUUUCCAAACUGCAUUUUCAGGGCAAAUUCACAGGGUUGCUUUUGGUGCAGCCAUGUACUGAAACCACUUUACCAUAUCCAUUCCCAGGCAUUGAGAAGGCUGCCUGCCAUGAUAGCCAGAGGUUUAACAGCGCUGGGCUGGGGGCUGAGCACAAAUGCAGACACCAUUGCCAGGGCUAAGGCAAGAACCUGUGAAUUUUGCAUUGUUUGACUUUGUUCAGGUUGCCUCGAGUCUUCUUGGCACAGAGUUUGGUCUAAGGGCUCGUCCACAUUCUGCUUGUUCUUCACCCCCCGUUUCCCGCUGAUGAGAUAGGAAUAAAUUAGAAAAUUGUGCAAGUUUUGAUUCAUUAUUCGUUUGUUAUAAGUAUUUUAUAUCAUCAUUCAGUCAUAUUUUAUGUUUUAUCAUUGUCAUGAAGUCACUGUCUACAUGUUGACCCUUUAGAUCAGGGGUAGUCAACCUUUUUAUACCUACUGCCCACUAAUGCAUCUUUCUUGAUGGUAAAAUUUCCUUACUGCCCACCAGUGCUUGAUGGAAGGAGGAUUCAACUUUUGCCGUAGAACCCCCGACCGCCCAUCUAGAAUCCUGAAACGCCCACUAGUGGGCGGUAGGGACCAGGCUGACAACCCCUGCUUUAGUUGGUUGUUCCAACAAAUAGUUGGUAGACCAUGAGACUCUUAAUCUCAGGGUUGUGGGUUUGAGCCCCACGUUGAGCAAACAGAUUCCUUCAUCGCAGGGGGUUGGACUAGAUGACCCUUGGGGUCUCUUCCAACUUUACAGUUCUAUGAUUAACAAUGAGGCUUCCCAUGUAGGGGCCAGACUUAGGGGUUAUCUAAUCUGUGCAAAAUGCAAAGCUUUCCUAAUUACAAUACAAUAUCUUUAGGGCAGAUGAAGACAAGUUCACACAGAGCCCUUUUGCUUAUGUAUCAGCCGACGGUUCCAUUCAAAUGUUUCAAGCCUACCGACUGACUUCAUCCUGCAGUCUGGAUGUCCAUGCAUUUCCUUUCGAUCAACAAAAAUGCAACAUAAGCAUAAUGUCAUCGAUACAUUCAGGUAAAACCAUGUAUUUCGUUGAACUGGCAUGAUAGUUGGCUUCUCUCUCUUCAUUUGUACCUUCUUGAAUGCACACCCCCAAUUUGCACCCCAUGAACUCACUCUUAUGUUGAACUCCAAACCACCACAUUUCACCCCCUUUUCCACCUAUCUCAGCAAUUAUAACCAGGGGAUGCAGCCCAGCUUGUGUGGCUCACCAGCCCCACUAAACCCUACACAGCUUGCCAACUCCCCUCCGUUUACACCUCACCCAACCCCCAAUCCCGCCACAGCUUUCCCAAUGGCCCCAAAGCCCUAACAGCUUGCCCAACCCCCAUCCCUUUGCAUAUCACCAAGCCCUACCUCCAAUGGGGUUGCCAACAAAGGGAGCAUGGUUUCUCCUGUGGGAAGAGACAAGAAUGGCUGCAUUUUAAAAGGCAGGUGUUUUUCGCACCUCAGAGCAGCAGCAUGGGGGUGGGAGUGGCGGGAACAGAUGAAGAGGAGAUUUUCUCCCAUUUGUUCCACCCCUCCCCAACAUUUAUGGCAUGGCUGCAGAUGUGGUAAGAAGCGAAAAAUGCCUGAAUUUCCCAUUGCAGCAUGAUGACAGCCUUACAACUUUAUUAUGUUGUAAGAUAAGAUUGGGUUAGUCAAGUCCAUUAUAGUGGUACCUCAGAUUAAGAACGUAAUUCAUUCCGGAGGUCUGUUCUUAACCUGAAACUGUUCUUAACCUGAGGUACCACUUUAGCUAAUGGGGCCUCCUGCUGCUGCUGCACGAUUUCUGUUCUCAUCCUGAAGCAAAGUUCUUAACCUGAGGUACUAUUUAUGGGUUAGCAGAGUCUGUAACCUGAAGUGUCUGUAACCUGAGGUACCACUGUACUUUCAAUGGGUUGAUGUGAAGCAGGACUAGCACGGGGAACAAGCCAUUAUUAUUUGUUCGCUGUAUUUCUUAUCCACCCUUCAUCAGGAGGUCCCCACUAUACACUCAGCUUGUGUCUUUCUGAAUGUGCCCUAUGUUCCCUGUUUUCUGCAUCUUUCUUCACUCUCUCUCCAUUAUCACUCUUCCCUGCAAGUUUGCUCCCCUUGCCAAUGGUCAAAGUCGCCUCUCAAAAUUAAGUCAGAGUUGCUCCCAUUGGAGGCUGACCAUGUGUGUGCUACUGAUACAUCACUACCAUUUUUGGUGUGAUGAAACACCGGGGCUUAAUUCACACACUGAGCAAACUGUGGGACAAGAUGGAACAGUUAUGACACAACCUUAAAAGGAAGACCUAAUAUGGAUGUGACUGUGAUUUUCUAUACUGCCCUGAAGUAACAACCUUCCGUAUCAUUUCUCUUCUACUGCCUCUAGAUAAGGAAAUGAUAAUGGUGAGCAACAAAUCUUCCAAGAAGGCGAACCAAGAUAGUCGCAAAAAUUACUUGACCAGUGGGGAAUGGAAGUUUGAGGAGCUGAGGAUCAUUGAGCACAUCAUGGAAUAUGAUUUAAUUAACUUCAGUGCUGUCACUUAUGAGGUAUUUGGUUUCUAAUACAUUUAAAAAACAUGGAAACAGAAAAAGAUCUCCCCCUAUGUAGCUAGUGUUUGUUUUUCAUGCUUACAAGUUUUAAUCCACACUUAUUUUCAGAACUGCUGCUUAGAUUUUAGGUAAAUUUUAAAAGGGUAGUAUAUUAUUGGCUCAUUUUUAUUUCUUAAAAAAGAAUGCAAGUGUUCUUUGAAAUAUGUUGAUGAUGGACACUUCGAUUAAAAACAAAACACGGCUAAACCAACAGGGAAAACAAUAAAUCAGAAGUUCAUUUGAGAGGAAUGCUUGCCUAGAUAGGUAUGUCUACAGGAGCCAGUGGAAUGCUAACACUGAUGGAGGCCUUUUGUAUUUCAACAAGGAGGGAGGCAUUCCACAGCCCUGGUGCCAUCAAGUUCUGAUUACAGUCAUACCCCGGGUUGAAUAUGCUUCAUGUUGAGCGCGUUCGAGUUGUGCUCCGCGGCAACCCAGAAGUAAUGGAGCGCAUUACUUCUGGUUUCGCUGCUCGCGCAUGCGCGCAUACUCAAAAUGACAUCACACGCAUGUGCAGAAGCAGUGAAAGGCAUGCCGUCGCUAGUUACGUUUGCUUCUGGAUGCGAACGGGGCUCCGGAACGGAUCCUGUUCGCAUCCCGAGGUACCACUGUAUUGAAAUUUUGUUUUUUUGUUUUUUAAACUGAUAUUUAUUAAAGUUUCAAAGAAUACAAAAACAAAAAAUAAAAAUACAAGAAAAUACAAAAUACAGAAAAAAGAAUAAAAUUUUUAAAAUAUAACAAAAAGAAGAAAAAUAAAGAAAAACAUACAAGAUAAAAACAGUUAAAAAUACGUUAACUUUCCAUAGCAUAUCUUCCUUACCCUUAUUUCCCCGGACCUCCUCAUACCUCCCUUUUUUGUAUUCCAGUUCAGUUUGUUAGUUCAGCAAAUGCUUACCACUGUAUUGAAAUUUUGCCUGCCAGGCCAUUACAGACAGAGAAACCUUUGUUUUCCUUCAAUGGUAAAUCCUUCAGUGGUACGGGGACCCAUUUCAGGGUUUCUGCAGCAGCUCUUUUGAUCCCACUCCAGGUCCUGCCAGGUGCUCCAUUGUUUCCUACAAUUGUUAUUGUUAUUAAUAUUACAUUUAUAUCCCACUUUUCCUUCUGAAACAUUUUUGGAAGAGGGAAGAUGGUGGUCCUACCCACCAAUGGGUUGCUAAGAAUAAGGACUAUGAAUGAAUGUAUGCUACUCAUGAGACUGAAAAGAGAGUUCCAUUCUUUGCUGUAAUCUUCAUUUUUAUUUAUUCAUUUCCCCCCUUUUUUGGACAGAUUUCUAUGAAGAGGCGCUCCAUUUUGUAUGUGUUGGUUCUGAUCCUCCCAACUUUAACUCUCUUCUUGCUGGAUAUGGCUAUUUCUAUUGCAUCUGCCUCUCCUGGAGAAAAGAUUGCCUUCAAAAUGACACUGAUCCUUCAAAUCUCAUUUUUGUCAAUGAUUCUUAAUGAUAUGCUACCCGCAACAUCGGAUAAUCCACCAGUCAUAGGUAAACCACCUUUUAUUGCAUGGCUUAUUUCAGCGCCGGCAGCCUUUGAACACUUAGGGGCUGUCAAAUAGUUUUGGUUGCUUUCAUUGGGCUAAUACACAUUGUGGUUUAGUUAGUGAGCAGGUCUCUGGGUCAGUAACUAACUUUUAGUUGGAGGUACAUUUUGUGAAUCAUCAUUAUCUUGCACGGUACAAAAACAGAAUAACAAUACCCCCUUAGCAAUUUGUUUAGCACUUUAAUAUGGUCAAAGCACUUCAAAUAUAUUAUCUUUCAAAUCGUAUAGCAACCCUGUAUUACUAUCCCUAUCUUGCAACUUGAAGGUGAAUAAUUAUUAUUUUAUUAUUAUGUAUUACAUUUGUAUGACUCCCUUUACCUGUAGAUCACAAGGCGGUUCACAAAAUAAAUCACAUUUUUUAAAAAAACAACACACCAGAAAAUACAUAAUAAAAACAAAAACAACCCAAUAGUAUCCCGUCCCACAACACAUUUUAAAAGGGUGAAAUAAAUAAAAAAAUUGUCCAGUACCACCUUAGAGACCAACUAAGUUUGUUAUUAGUAUGAGCUUUCGUGUGCAUGCACACUUCUUCAGAGCCACUGAAAUAGAAGUCACCAGACCCUUAUAUAUAGUGGAGGGUGGGGUGUGGUUCUUCUCAGAAUGGUAGUAGGAGAUGGGUGAUUGACUCAAUGUUAAAACUGUUGACGACUGUUAAUGGCUGCAAUUAGUCCUACAAGAAAAAGCAAGGGAUAGUAUGCAGAUGACCAAAAAUAGCUAUAGCAUAUGUAAUGAGACAAGAAUCCAAUAUCUCUAUUCAGACUAGUUCUCUCCAUAGUUUUCAGUUUAGACCAACACGGCUACCUACCUGAAUUUUAAAAGGGCAUUAGACGUCAAUCAGCCAAAGGCCUGGUUGAAGAGGAACGGCCUGUUACGAUAUUGAAGCAAUGCAGCCGCGAGCUGCUAGCUUGAAAACAGCACAUGAUGGAAUGUUAGGACUGUUCCGUGGGAAACAGAGGGACAGUCAAUUCACAGGGCAAUGCACCGGAAAUAGCUCAGAGUGUAAUAUGAGCUCUUCCUUUUGCUCUUGUACAGGAAGUACAGGUUUUGUUUCUCUCUCGACUGCUGGAGCUUGAAGAGAGCAGUCAUGUUUUUUGUAACGCUGCAAAGACAGAAAUAAAGGCAUGUAAAUACGUUUCUGUCUAUCUCUUUCCCCUGCCCGGGGGGGCAGGAAAGAGGGGUGUGUUCUUCUCACGCUGAGAAGGAUCGCCUAUCGCGACCUAGCCUGUAUGCUGCCGGGAAAGCAGACAGGGAGGUCAACAGGAGACCAAGCCGGGUGCCUGGGAGAGUUGCCAGUUUCUCCUGAUAAAGGCUUGAUUUCCGACACGGUCUACCUGGUGCUUAAAGGUGUAUAAUGAAGGUGCCUGGCAUGCUCUGGUCCAUGGGGUCAGGAAGAGUCGGACACGACUAAACGACUAAACAACAAAUGAAGGUGUCAGGUGAACCUCCCUGGGGAGAGCAUUCCACAAACAGGGAGCCGCUGCAGAAAAGGCCUGUUUUCUCAUGUUGCUGCCCUCCAGACCUUCCUUCUUACUAGGAGGGAGAGAAGGGGUUGGGAAGGGAAGGGAAGGAGCUUGACGCAGUGCAAGUGCACUAGCAGGAGUGCCAGACCGGCUCUGCUGAUGCACUCACCCCAGACUGCCCCUCUCUGUUGCCGCCUCUCUCUCCAUGACAGUAAGUGGUAAGUGAUGUCACUGUUGGAACGCGAAAGAGGCAGAUCCACCACACUAGGCCACUUCUGAAUUCAAGGACACAUUCUAGCCAAGCAGACACUCAAGGAGAGCAAAGGGCAAGCCUAUUGAUAAGGACUUGGCCCACUGAGAGUUUCAAGCACUGGAAGAGUCCUUGGGUUCCCCAUUCCCACAUUAAAGAAAAGACCUCUGAGGGAUGCUAGCUUUUCACCACCCGUGUUUCUUCUUCUUCAAUGCAGCCGCGUUUUUCACUGGGAUGUUUGUAUUUCUGGUCCUUGGUAUCUUGGAGAACGCUUUCGUACUCUGUCUCAGAGAGAAGAGACCAAAGUUGCCAUCCUUCAAGGGGAAUAAAGUCAUGAAUAGAAUCCUGAGCAAGAAGAAAGAGGAAUGCGAGAGCCCAGCGACCCAUUUUGGUAAGCGUUUUCCAAAAUGUAAACAAUUUACCGUAAGGAGGUGGGGCACCUAUAAAGCAGAAGAAGGGUGCAGAUAUCAAGCACCAUCAUCCAUUACUAUAAGAAAUCUUUUUGCACAAGGGUAUGUGCAGGAUUUGAGUACAGUGGUACCUCGGGUUACAGACGCUUCAGGUUACAGACUCCGCUAACCCAGAAAUAGUACCUUGGGUUAAGAACUUUGCUUUAGGAUGAGAACAGAAAUCGCGCGGCGGCAGCGGGAGGCCCCAUUAGCUAAAGUGCUACCUCAGGUUAAGAACAGUUUCAGGUUAAGAACGGACCUCCAGAACGAAUUAAGUUCUUAACCAGAGGUACCACUGUAUACACUCUUAAAAAGAAAAACAAAUAAUUGAGAUGCACCCACUGGAGAGCUGGAAUUUGUUUACUGAUUGAUUUAUUAAACAGAUUUAGAAUAAACAGAUUUAGAAUAAAUUCAUCAAGUAGUGUACAUCUCCCACCAGAAUGUGCAGUUGGAACAAGCUUGUAUUCUUUUCUGAGUAAUGUGUGAAAUGGACCUGAGGCGUCAGGCUGUCAGCAUAGCUCAAAUAAGUAAGUGUGGAAGGAAGCAAUCCAUAUUAAUCUAAGGUCUGGGCAAUUUCACAAGUUUCAUUCAUUCUGUUAAGCCUCAGAUGUGUCACAUCUGAUCCCUUUCAUGCAAUAUAGAAAGUGGAAAUAAGCUUAAAUCAGAUACAAGCUCUUCUUCAUUCAUUACGUACAGGAAAGUAUUAAUAUUGCUCUUAGAGCCAUUUAACCUGCAUAUCUUAAGGCUGAGACACUUAUCUGGGAGAACAUUCAACUAAACUUGAUGGUGGAACUUAGCUCUCAGUAGGCAUGCAUAGAAUUGCACUGCAAGAGCCUUCUUGAUUUGCAUGGUCUUCUCCAGCACUUUGAGUCUUGCAAGGAAAACCCAGGCUCUGUCUGGAAUCAAAUAACUGGCAUUUGUUUUAAUGAAGGUGGAGUUAUGUUGCUUCACAUUGCAUUAUAACAGAUGUAAAAUGUCCAACACGGCUUCCAGUGAACCAUACACCAGAAUUUGGAAUCAAAGAAGCAGUUCUUUAACUCUCCAUUCCUUUAUUCUCAAACAAUGUCUGUUCCCAAACAUAACAGAUUAACAGAUUAACAUAUAUCCUCCUCAUUUUCAUCUGUACAGGAGACAGGAGCCCCAAAGAGAACCAGCCAGCAGAUGGAUUUCCCUUGCCAGCGAAAGACAGUGAAGAUGACAGCUUGGUGUUUCUGAAACAUCUGAAUAUGGAACUGCAACAGAUCAAGAAACAUCUCUCUCUAGAAGAACGCCAGGAUGACCCUGAAUCAGUCGCGUGGGAUAAAACAAUGGCCCUUGUGGAGAAAGGGCUUUAUUACACCCGCCUGAUUUUAUCUGUCAUCUUUUUAGCUGUUAUUAUCAUACAGUGGACGCGCUGA